AUGAGUUUCUUUAAGCCGUUCAAGUCCAAGAGCGCCCACAGAGACGGGGCGCCAUUGCCCCCACCCGUGACUCAGGAAAGAGACGAUAACCUGCUCAAAACAAGACUCCAAAACUUGAACCCUUUCAGGUCCCAAAACAUCUAUCUUCAGGACGAGGAAAACUACGUGACGCCAGAACCCGGGUUCUUGGAGCUUUCUCGCUGGGACCGCAUGCUCAUUUUCGGGCUCACGUUUGCAGGGUCCGUGUCGUGCUACCUCAUCUGCAUAUUUUUGUUCCCCGUGUUGCUGUUGAAGCCUCGCAAAUUUGCCUUGCUCUGGUCGUUGGGCUCGAUCUUUUUCUUGGUCAGCUUCGGCGUCUUGCAAGGUUUCCAGGCGUACAUGCUCCACUUGAUGUCCUCCACGCGAAUCCCUUUCACCAUCACCUUCGUCACGAGCAUCAUCAUGACUUUGGUCUCCAGCUUGUCCUUGAAGUCCACGCUUCUUUCCAUCGUGUUUGCCAUCAUCCAGCUAAUAAGUGCCAUCUGGUACACUGUCAGCUACUUCCCCAUGGGCCAACAGACACUCAAUCUAGCAUCUGGAGUAGCACGGUCUCAGGUCGAGACUUGGAUUAAUUCUUAG